CCACCGACAAGUCGACCUGUACUCGAUGUGUCUUCAAUAGUGAAUGUAACAGUAUCAUUUGUGUUAACCCAAAUUAUUGAGUUGAAUGAUGUAAUUCAAGAACUGAAAGUCGCUGGCUGGUUUACAAUGAGAUGGCAGGACGAACUCAUUAGCUGGGAUCCAUUUGAAUAUGAUAUUGAUUGUGUUUCUCUUCCCGCACACAGCAUUUGGAAACCUGAUAUAACGCUGUACAAUAACCGCGACGAGAACUAUAAACAUUUCUUACCGGAAGCAACAGUACAUGUGUGUUUCGACGGUAGUGCGACGUACUCAGCUUAUUCUAUAUUUCGAAGUUCCUGCAAUAUGAAUAUAAAAUAUUACCCAUCCGAUGAUCAAACAUGUAAUCUCCGACUUUCCUCCUGGAAUCACAAUGAGUUUGAGCUAGACAUUAAUCCACAGCUUCGUGUACUGGAUCAAAAUGAGCUUUUCAAUGACAACGGAGUGUGGAAGCUUGAAGGUGUCGAUGCAUGGCGCGAAAUUGAGGGGUACAAGUCAUUCUCUAACCCGUAUGUGUAUGCUGUCUUCUCAAUUCAUCUCAAGCGACGUCACGAGUUUCAUUGCAGAUUUAUUUUGAUUCCUUAUUAUUUCUGUUCCUUCCUUAUCAGCUUCAUGUUCUUUAUUCCUUUUGAAAGUGGUGAGAAACUCUCGUUCGGAAUCACAUCAGUGCUAGCAAUGACUGUCUUUCAGCAAUUCGUUGCGUUUUCCUUGCCACCGGUUGGAAACCAAUCGCCUGUUGUUGGAAGAUACUUUAAUGCUGUAAUCGGGAUUGGAGUUGUUGCACUGUUUGUGGAAAUUGUACUUUACAAAUUCAAAGAUAAAGCUCAUAUGAAAAUUGUAGAGAUUGGCCUUGGAAUAUGUUUUUUACUGGCGUUAUUAAUAGCCUUGAUAGUUUAUGUUGUAAAGGUAUAAACAGAAAAUACUAAUUAGCGCAUCUAUAAAAGCAUUGCGACAUUUAUCUGUUCAUUUUGUAUUCAUCCGCGAAAGAAGA